CAAUUCUUGCACAAUCGCAUUCUAACAUUUGAAGGGGUUGCCCAGUAGGUCACAGAUGUCAGAACCCCCCGCUACCAUCAAUAUUAGGGACCCAACUUCCAAGCCCAAAGACCCGGCCAGGUACUGACUGCCCUAUGCCUGAAAUCUGGAAGUUGCCCGACAGGUGACGUUAGGUACCUGGCCGCAGUGACGCAGUGCCCAAGGUACCUUAGCCUUCCGUUGCGUGUGCGCUGUGCGCCGCGCCCCUGCCAUUCGAUUCUAUUGUAUUAGUCCCCCGCCCCUCUUUACCCAUCACCCCUCCUUCGUUGCUUAGCCUGGCGACCGGCGAAAGCUCUCCUCCGACAAAAGUCUCGAUCGCUUCAAAGUCCACCGUAAACAAACCGACCCCUCCCUCCGACUCGAAACCUCCUCGUCUUCAACACAGCUACCCCUUUCAAAUCAGACAAGAUGGCGACCAACUUCGAGGAAAUCGCAAAGCAGUUCAUCGAGUUCUACUACAACCAGUUCGACACGGACCGCAAGCAACUUGCCAGCCUCUACCGUGAGGGGUCUAUGCUGACUUUCGAGUCUGCUUCUUCCCUUGGUGUCAACUCCAUCGUCGAGAAGCUCUCCUCCCUGCCUUUCGAGAAGGUGAAGCACCAGGUCACCACCCUCGACUCCCAGCCCACCACCGAGGGCGGCAUUAUCAUCCUCGUCACUGGCCAGCUUUUGGUCGAUGAGGAGCAGCGCCCCAUGAGCUACACCCAGGCUUUCCAGCUUCUGCGUGAUUCCUUAGGCAACUACUUCGUCUUCAACGACAUUUUCAAGCUUGUCUACGCUGCAUAAAUUCUCCACGCACUUCAGGAGAGUACGAUUUGAUGAGGCCCAAUAUCUGACUUCGAGGGACUGGGGCAUGGCUGAGGGCAGGAUAGAAGAAUCUCUGUCUACUUCGAUUUCUCACUCCCUUUGAUCUACGCCGGGUUGAGGCGAGCACGUUGGCAAGGAUACCAUUUCACGUUUCCAGGAAUCCAAAGACGGCUCUGUUCAUACAUGGCUCCAUAGAGAAAUGGGAAAAUACCCCU